GUGUCGCAGUGAGUAGACAACAUCUAUCUUCAACUGUGGUGAAAAUUUCCGACUCCUAGCUGAUCAUGGUCGUGAGCUAUUAAUUAAUUAUUAUUAAUGGCAUUUUCAUUAAUUAACUCAUAUCUCCAUCAAAAAGGCGCAUGGGCCCAAACCAACUUUGGAUUCCUCACUGUUGACUAUAAUUGUCCCAGACCUCUCUGACCCUUGUUACGUAUUUGUAGAUCGAGAUCAUGCAGUGUACGUGUCUGAUUGUGGAAAUCAUCGUGUGAUGAAAUGGAAAGAAGGUGCAAAACAAGGCAUUGUCGUAGCCAGUGGUCAAGGACAAGGAAAUAGUCUUUCACAACUGUCAAAUCCUCUAGCCGUUGUUGAUCAAUUGGGCACUGUCUAUGUGGUUGAUUGUUUGAAUCAUCGAAUCAUGCGUUGGCGAAAAGGAGCCACACAGGGAAGUGUCGUUGCUGGUGGAAACGGUGAAGGAGAACAGUCGAAUCAAUUCAAUCGUCCCAUUGCUUGA